AUGUCCUCCGACUCGGGUACAACACCUACAGACAUCAUCACCUAUAUUGGUGUUCCUCUAGCCGUGCUCGGUGUCCUUCCAAUCCUCUACAACACCAUUGCGACACUUGCCGCGCGAUCUCGAAUCAGGCGCAUGCUCCGUCAUGCCCGCCUAACAGCUCUCACUCGCUCCGACGUCGUGAAUCGCGUCAUCGAGGUCGACCUCCCCCGCUACGCUGUCACGCCCUGGGACCGCUUCGAUCACCGCGACGAGUACUGGUCCCUCGCCCGCCACCCUUCCUCCAUCCCGGGCGGCACUUGGACGACCUUCAACUGGCGCACCAACACCAUCGGCCUCAAGACGCAGAGGGUCGAGUACGCAGACCAGCUGCGGCAACCGCAGGUCGAUGUCACUUUUGACGAGCUGAUCAGCUACCUCCUGGAUCUUGGCGCCGUGCCCGAUGCUCACGGAUGGAGGCUGCUCAGAAGCACAGGGCUGUGGACUCCCGUCGGCUGUACCCUGAUGCAGAGUCCUGAUGGACAGCAUAAUGCCCUCACCAUUGCGCCUCUGAACGACUCUGACGGUCAUCUUUCGCUGUCUGUAAAUUGGUCCUCACACUGGACCACGAGGAGCCAUGAAUCUCUGCCCCCGUACUGGGUCCGGCUCGUACCCCUCCCUAGUCCAGCAGCCACGACCAUUGAGCAGGAUCAUGAGAAGAGUGACAACGACGACGUCAACGCAGAACCAGAAACGAACAGCGGAAGCAUCAAGAAGAAGACGAUAUCCCCGUCAUCCUCCGUCGCCAGCAUAUCUCGCGCCACAAAAUCCAACGCCCAAAACCCAAUCGCCUGCAAAAUCUCCUCCCACGGCCUCAUAAGCGCCAUCCCAGAAGACGCCGACCACCCCUCGACGAGCCUCUACAUCGAGCACGUCCGCAUCCGGCCAGGCCACACGGCCGGCACGUGGUUCGCCAGCGCCGCCACGGCCUACGGCACCUCGAGCGCGACUAUCCUGUGGAACUACCGCAUCCCGGACGACGUCCUCGCCUUUGCGCGGGGCUCCUCCGUCCCCUGCGGCGUGCUCGAGGUCCUGGGCGUCGUCGACGGAACCCAGACGCCCGAGUGGGCGAGCUCGCACAACGACACGCGGGACAACCUCGAUCUCUUGCACCGGCGGAUGCGGGAUCAGAUGAAUGCCAUCGCGGCUGAGCAGCAGAUGGAUCCGGUGCGGAGGGAGCAGGCUGUACGGGAGCGCAUGCGCAAGGAGUCUGAUCAGCACAUGGACGACGUACGAGACAGAAUGCGCCUCGACGCCCGGCGCCGCGAAACCCGCGCCCACGAAGCAAUCCAAUCCCCCAAAUGGGACGCCGCCCUCGUGGCAACACACACCCUCCCCUGGCUCCAACAACAAGGCCACUUACCAACAGACGACAUCAUUACCCUCCGCUCCGUCGCCGCGGGCGUCUUGCACCGCAUGCUCCUCGACGGCGCCUUCACCUCAGCCCUCUGCGCCACCCUCGACGCGUGGAAGGCCUGGGCCGACAACGGCGGGAUGCGCAAGUCGGACCUCGAGGCGCUGAGAGAGGGACCGAAGGCGCUUGAGAUGUUUGCGCUCGCGAGUGUGUUAGUUGCUGUUAUUCGUGACGUCGGCGGUGCGGCGGAGGGGUCGGCUAGAGAGAAGGUAAUAAAGAAAGAGGAGGAGGAGGAAGAGAAGGAGGAAGAGAAAGAGAACGAGGAAAAUAAAGACGCGGAGGAAGCUAAGGAGGAGGACGAGGAGGACGAUAGUGAGGAUCAAAGAGAAGACGAGGGGGAUGGGGAGUUGCUUUUGGGAUCUAAGGGCCUUUUCGUAACUUAA